AUGCCUGGCAACAGCAACAUCACUUCGCCUUUCGCUUCGCCUCCAUCCUCUGCCAGGGAUUCGUGGCCCGCGACGCUGGAGUCACUGGGGGAACACCUCGACAAUCUGGAGCUCACCUUCGAGCAGCAGUCGCGGCACAUGGGCACCCUCCUCGCGCAGUACAAGGCGGCCCUGGCGCAGCACAGGCAGGCUCUGAGCCAGCAGUUCGGGGGCGUGCACCGCCAGCUCGCCCACCCGUCGCAGCUCGGCGCACGGACCCCCACGUGGACGCAGAAGCCCGGGGGCGCAGGCGCGUCCGCGGGCUUCGGCAGGACGGCGGCCCCGGCCCGCUCGCCCACGCUCGCUGCGGAUCACGUGCCUGGGCCGCUCCCCGGCUCGACGAUGGAGUUGGUGAAGAUGCCAGACGCGGACAGUGACGGCGACAGCGACUCGCUUGCAUCCGGGAUGCAGGGCUGCGGCAUGGCCAGCGAGGACUAUGACAGUGGCAAGGACAUGCUCCAUGCCGAGCCAGGUUCCCUGCAGCAUAUGGCGAUUAAGCUGACCUCUCACUGCGUAUGGCCAAUCGUCACCACGACCAUCGUCAUGCUGCAGACAGUCGUGCUCGGCAUCGUCGUGGACGCGCAGAUGCAGGAACUUCUCGGAGACCAGAGGCGAGGGCACUGGACCUGGACGGCUACCUUUUAUGAACAGGUUGCGAAAGGGCUCAUCGUGGUCUGGAUGGUUGAGAUUUCGAUAAAGUUAGUCGCAGAAAGGAGCCGGUUCUUCGAACGCGGGUCGUCUGGUUUGGGCAACAUGUUUGAGGUGUUCUUGUUGUCGUGCGCUCUGCUAGAUCUGGCGCAGUCUUUUAUUCCUCUGGGAGGUCGUAUGAUUCAGUGUGUUCAAUUCCUCCGGGUGUUCAGGGCCUUCAGGCUCAUUCGUCUGCUCAGUGUUUGCCAGCAUUUCAAGGCUUUGCACCAGUUGCGUUGGAUGACGUUGUACAUUUGA